AUGGCGACAGAAACGAUGGAAAAUAGAAGUAUAUCUCCAUACGGUCCAGCUCGAGCCACUGUAGGCGGAAACAGUAUCGGCAAGGAUGAAGUGGCACUAAUGCACAAAUACUUUAACGCUACGCUUUAUCUUUGUCUUGGGAUGAUAUACCUCAGAGACAACCCCCUCUUGAGAGAGCCGCUAAAGUUGGAGCAUCUGAAAGCGCGACUGCUUGGCCACUGGGGUACAGACGCAGGUCAGAGCUUCACCUACAUCCACUUCAACCGCCUGAUCAGGAAGUAUGACCUCGACGCUCUCUUCAUCUCCGGCCCGGGACAUGGUGCUCCAGCAGUUCUAGCAAAUGCCUACCUUGAAGGCACUUACUCAGAGGUGUAUCCCAACAUAUCUGAAGACAUGGAUGGAAUGCGCCGCUUCUUCAAGCAAUUCUCUUUUCCUGGCGGCAUUGGCAGCCAUGUAACUCCGGAAACACCAGGAAGUAUCCACGAAGGCGGAGAGCUUGGUUACUCUAUUUCGCACGCCUUCGGGAGUGUUUUCGAUCACCCGAAUCUCAUUGCCCUUACAAUAGUGGGAGACGGUGAGGCCGAGACGGGUCCACUGGCAACUUCGUGGCACAGCAACAAGUUUCUCAACCCAAUCACGGAUGGUGCCGUUCUCCCCGUUCUCCAUCUGAAUGGUUACAAGAUUAACAACCCAACCAUUCUCGCUCGUAUCAGCCACAGUGAGCUCGAGGCUCUUCUAUUUGGCUACGGAUGGACUCCUUAUUUCGUCGAAGGAAAUGAGUAUAGCUCGAUGCACCAAGCAAUGGCGAGCACUCUCGACCACUGUGUCACGCAGAUCCGUGAAUACCAGCAGAAAGCGCGCCGAUCAGGCCAGGCGUUUCGUCCAUGCUGGCCCAUGAUCAUACUCCGAACCCCAAAAGGCUGGUCGGCGCCAAGGAAGAUGCAAGAUCAUUAUCUAGAGGGCUUCUGGCGCUCCCACCAGGUGCCGAUCACCGACGUCCGAACUAGUUCGACGAACCUGGUGGUGCUCGAGAAGUGGAUGCGCAGCUACAAGCCAGAGGAACUCUUCGAUGGAAACGGAACUCUGAUUAAGGAACUAAAGGACCUUGCUCCCACUGCCCAUAGACGGAUGAGCGCUAACCCAGUGACGAAUGGUGGAUCUAUUGUCAAGAAACUGCAGAUUCCUGAUUUUCGCGAGUAUGCAUUCGAAGUCAACAAGGCAGGUGUUCUCCAGGCGGGAAACAUGACAAACAUGGCAAAGUUCCUAAGAGACGUGGUUCAAGCGAACAGGACGAAUUUCCGUGUCUUCGGGCCUGACGAGACUGAAUCAAAUAAGCUCGGUGCUAUCUACGAAGUUGGAAAGAAGGUAUGGUUCGGUACGUACCUCGAAGAAGACGAGGAUGGAGGAAAUCUAGCCUAUGAAGGUCGGAUUAUGGAAAUGCUCAGUGAGCAUACCGUCGAAGGGUGGCUAGAGGGGUAUAUCCUGUCUGGCAGACACGGCCUCCUGAACUGUUACGAGUCCUUUAUCCACAUUAUCGACUCCAUGGUUAAUCAGCAUUGCAAAUGGCUUGAGAAGUGUCUCGAGGUGGAGUGGCGCCAGAAAGUGGCCUCUCUUAACAUCCUCCUCACAGCCACCGUCUGGCGUCAGGACCACAAUGGCUUCACGCACCAGGAUCCGGGCUUUCUCGACGUUAUCGCCAACAAAAGCCCCGAAGUGGUCCGUGUUUACCUACCUCCCGACGGGAACUGUCUCCUCUCGGUCAUGGAUCACUGUCUCCAAUCCUCUAACUACGUCAAUGUCAUUGUGGCGGACAAGCAAGACCACCUGCAGUUCCUUGAUAUGGAUGAUGCACUUGUGCACUGCACCAAGGGGGUUGGGAUAUGGGACUGGGCCUCUAAUGACCAAGGCUGCGAACCCGAUGUAGUAAUGGCAGCUUGUGGCGAUGUCCCAACCCACGAGUCUCUUGCCGCCACUGCUCUCUUGCGACAAAGUUGCCCCAGUCUCAAAAUCCGCUUCGUCAACGUAGUUGAUCUGUUCAAGCUAGUCUCCCACGCCACACAUCCUCACGGACUAAGUGACGAUGAGUUCCGAGCCAUCUUCACAGAUGACAAGCCCGUCAUAUUCAAUUUCCACUCGUACCCAUGGCUCAUCCAUCGUUUCACUUAUAUGCGCAAGGGUCAACACAACAUCCACGUCACAGGCUACAGAGAGAAGGGCAACGUCGAUACCCCUCUUGGGCUGGCGAUCAAGAACGAGACUGAUCGUUUCAGUCUCGCGAUUGAUGCAAUUGAUCGAAUCCCCGGACUGAGUAAUAGUGCUGCUGCUGUGAGGGAAGAAUUGAUCGAUAAACGCAUCAGGGCUAGGGAAACAGCAUACCAAGAGGGGACGGACUCGGAAGCUGUGAUGGGUUGGAUAUGGCCGUUCUAG